AUGGCGGGGGCGCCCGGGGUCGGGCCGGGCGCGGGGGCUGGGGGCGGCGGCGCCGCGGCGGGGCUCAAGACUUACUUCAAGACGCCCGAGGGGAGGUACAAGCUGCAGUACGAGAAGACGCACUCCGCGGUGCUGCACUACAGCCACGGCGGCAAGACCGUCUCGCAGUUGACAGUGGCAUACCUCAAGGAGAAGCCUGCUAGCCAGGGCUCCCAGCCAUCGACACCAAGCUCCAGCAGUGGGAUGCGGUCUGCGGCAGCAAGGCUGCUGGGCACUGGGAACGGAAGCAAGGCACUUAGCUUUGGCGGCGGCAAUGGCGCGAACCGGGCUGUUGCUGGAAGCAGCCGUAUAGGAGGAGGAGGCCUUGGUACAUCUACAGGCCUUGGUGGAUCACAAGGGGCCACAAAUUAUGAUGGAAAGGGUAUAUAUAUUGUAUUCAAUACUGCUGAUACACUAUUCAUCAGUGAUCUCAAUUCUCAGGAGAAGGAUCCACUAAAGUCCAUCCAUUUCAGCAACUCAAACCCACUGUGCCAUGCAUUCGACCCAGAGGCCAAAGAGGGGCAUGACCUGAUCAUUGGGAUGGGAUCAGGGGAUGUCUAUUCAAUGUCGCUGAGGCAACAGUUACAAGAUCCUGGAAGAAAACCUGUGGCAGCUCUACACUACAAUAAGGGUGAUAAAGAUGUCUCACCCAAUGGAAGUCGGUGCACUUCUGUCGCAUGGGUACCAGAGCGUGAAGGCAUUUUCGUUGUUAGCCAUUCUGAUGGAAAUUUGUACGUGUAUGAUAAAAACAAGGAUGGGAACACAGACUGUACGCGUUCCAGCUGUGAAGGAUCAAUCCCAGUUUAUGGUUGCACAUGCAAAGUCAAGUUAUUUGAGAGUUUUCGAUUUUCAAAGGAACAACUAAUAUUUGGUGGAAGAAGUUAUUAUGGUGCACUGUUGUGUUGCACUUGGAGCUCAGAUGGAAAAUAUCUAUUAACAGGUGGUGAAGAUGAUCUUGUUCAGGUAUGGGGCAUGGAUGAUAGAAAGAUAGUUGCUUGGGGUGAAGGACAUAAUUCAUGGGUUAGUGGAGUUGCUUUUGAUUCAUAUUGGUCCCCACCAAGUUCUGAUGGAAAUGGAGAAAAUGUCUAUCGCUUUGGUUCUGUUGGUCAGGACACCCAACUACUUCUAUGGGACCUGGCACUGGAUGAGAUUGUUGUCCCGCUACGGCAUCCUUCAAGUGCCUCACCGACGUUUAGCAGCGGGAGCCCUUCUGCGCACUGGGACAAUGCAUGUCCUCCAACAGGUGUUCUUCAACCUUCUCCUAGAACGCGAGAUGUCCCCAAACUCUCGCCCCUUGUUGCCCACCGAGUACAUGCCGAUCCCCUAUCUGGUCUGGUGUUCACCAAUGAAUCAAUCCUCACCAUCUGCCGUGAGGGCCUCAUCAAAAUCUGGGUUCGACCAGACCAGAGCGAAAACAAUCAACAAUCAAAUUCUUCAGAAUUUGUUUUAGGCCCUGUUUCAAAGGAUAGGGCGAUCACAUCUUCGAAUAAAGCAAGUAGCUCCAGCUUCAAGAAGCCGUCGUCUGUUCUUGUUGCAUGA